ACGUCGCGACGCGUCACCGCGCGAUGCCGCCCGAUGAAUCGCUCGAGGCGCGCGACGCGACGAAAGACGUCGCGGACGACGCCCGCGCGUCGUGGUGGCGCGAGGAACUGCGCGCGGUGGCGCACAUUUGUCCACCAAUCAUGACGCAGUUCGGGUCGCAGCAGUUGUUGAUGGCCACGCAGCUCGUGUACUGCGGAAACGAAUCGCGCGAGGCGCUCACGACGAUGACGAUAGCGGCGACGAUGUGGAACAUGCUCUGGAUGGCGAUCACGGGCGCCGGAGGGACGAUGGACACGCUGGGAAGCCAGGCGCACGGCGCGGGGGACGCGCGCGCCGUCAAGUCGUGGGCGCUGCUCACGACGUGCGCCAUCACCGCGUUUUGCGUGCCCGCGAACGCGAUUUUAGCGGCGGGGAAAGAGAUCGCGAUCGGGGUGUUCAAGGCUGAUAAAUCUAGGGCUGGAGAGAUUCGCGACUGCGCGCUCAUCAUGUGCGGGAGUUUUUAUCCACUCGCGGCGACUCUGGGUUUACAGAAAUACUUGAGCGUUCGGCGGAAAGUCGGAGCCGUGGGGCUGACUUCGGUGGCGACGCUGUUCGUAAACAUCGCGUUUCAUCACGCCCUCGUCAAGCAGCACAAAAUGGGAGUCAUCGGUAGCUCGAUCGCCAUGGUCGCGGCUCGGGCGAUGAACCUCGCGAUGUUGCUCGCGUACGUCUGCGUGGACGAGCGAUGGUGGGCGACGGGUGCGCUUGACGAAUGGCGCUCGGCGAAGGCGGCGAUAACCAGGGACAUGGUCGCACGCGUCGCGCACUUGUCGACUCAAGGCGUCAUCAUGGUGUUCGGCGAGGCUUUCUCGUUUGAAGUCACCGUCGUUUUGGCUGCGCAACUGGGCGAAGUAUCCCUCGGCGCGCACAUGGUGAUGCUCAAUAUUUGUACGAUGACCUUCAUGAUGGGACCGAUGUCGUUCGGCACCGCGGCAUCGAUUAGAGUUGGAAAUUUAUUAGGUAUGCGAGACCCGCGCGGAGCGAAGCGUUCGGCGUGGUUAAUAACGUCGAUGUCUCUCACGUUUAUGGCGGGGUGCGCGUUUAUGAUACUCUUCGCGAUUAAACCUAUCGCGAGGCUGUACACUGGAAACGACCCCGAGAUCACGGCUACCCUCAUCAAGAUCGCCCCUUACGCCGCCGCUUUCCAGAUAUUCGACGCCUCGCUCGGAUGCUGUAACGGCAUCCUUCGCGCGUGCGGGAAACAGGCGUUCAUCGCGAAGAGCAAUCUCGCCUCUCUGUGGUUGUGCGGUUUGACCUCGGGCGCUUUAAUCACCUUCGUCGGCGACGAAGGGGUGAAGGGUUUAUGGGUGGGACUCAUGAUCGGCGUCGGGAUGGCGGGUUCGUUUCUCGCAUCGGUGGUGUACCGUUUAGACUGGCAACACGAAUCAUUUUUAGCCACCCGCGCGGCGACCAACGUCUUUCGCGGCGGCGCGGCGCUGUAGACGAAUUAGCACAACAACAACGGCUGGGAACUAGUGGCUCGCA